GCGUGGGGGAGCAGGUGGGCGGGGCUGGAGCUGUGGGUACCACCUCCUCUGCAACGCCGGGGCCGGGAGUCUUAGAACCCAGGGCCCGCAGGGGUCCCCGCGGCCGCUGCGAUGCAGAAAUACGAGAAACUGGAGAAGAUUGGGGAAGGCACCUAUGGAACUGUGUUCAAGGCCAAAAACCGGGAGACCCACGAGAUUGUGGCUCUGAAGCGCGUCAGGCUGGAUGAUGACGAUGAGGGUGUGCCAAGUUCAGCCCUCCGGGAGAUCUGUCUACUCAAGGAACUGAAGCACAAAAACAUUGUCAGGCUUCAUGAUGUCCUGCAUAGUGACAAGAAGCUGACGUUGGUUUUUGAGUUCUGUGAUCAGGACCUGAAGAAAUAUUUUGACAGCUGCAAUGGUGACCUGGACCCUGAGAUUGUGAAGUCAUUCCUCUUCCAGCUGCUGAAAGGCCUGGGAUUCUGUCACAGCCGCAACGUGCUGCAUAGGGACCUGAAGCCCCAGAACCUGCUCAUAAACAGGAAUGGGGAGUUGAAAUUGGCUGAUUUUGGCCUGGCUCGAGCCUUUGGUAUCCCAGUCCGCUGCUAUUCUGCUGAGGUGGUCACGCUGUGGUACCGCCCACCGGAUGUCCUCUUUGGGGCCAAGCUGUACUCCACGUCCAUCGACAUGUGGUCAGCCGGCUGCAUCUUUGCAGAGCUGGCUAAUGCGGGGCGGCCUCUCUUCCCUGGCAAUGAUGUGGAUGACCAGCUGAAGAGGAUCUUUCGACUGCUAGGGACACCAACUGAAGAACAAUGGCCUGCCAUGACCAAGCUGCCAGACUAUAAGCCCUACCCAAUGUACCCAGCUACAACAUCCUUGGUGAACGUCGUACCCAAGCUCAAUGCCACAGGGAGAGACCUGUUGCAGAACCUAUUGAAGUGUAACCCUGUGCAGCGCAUCUCAGCAGAGGAGGCCUUGCAGCACCCCUACUUCUCUGACUUCUGUCCCCCAUAGGCUCUCUGACCACUGGUGGCCAGGCUGGGGCCUGGCCUAUUUAAGCCUCCCUCACAGGAGGGUGGAAAAGUGGGGUGUGGGAAGCUGAGCCCCAGCUGUGCUGGGCCCAGCCAGGGUAGAGUUACCCUGGCUCGCAGUUUUCACUCCCUCCAUGGACUUUAUUUAAUUUCAUAAAUUGGCUCCUUUCCCACAGUCUGCUGAUACAGUGGCGGGGUGGUCUGAAGGUGGCUGGUGACCCCUGCUUUGACUUACCACCCUCUGUGACCCUGCCUACAGCUUGUGCAAUGAGCUGCUCACUGUCUGCUCUGGCUCUUUACAUGUCCUGAGACCAGGAACAGGAAGCCAUGAUCCCCAUCCUUUUGAUUGUAUCAUGGCAACUCAGUCUCCACAUGCAGGCUUAUAUCCUCCUGUACACUUUUUCUCUUCUGCCUAGAAGGGCCAGAUACAGUUCUGAGGUAGGAUGCUGCUGGCCUGUGUGCAAAGUUGAGCCUCCUCCAGAAUGGGGAGAAGGGGCCAGGCCUCUCUAUGGGUGUUUCCUCGUUCUAGAUAUGUCCUUCCAUUUCUGCUUUCACACUCGGAGUUGUAGGCUGGGGCAGGAAAGACCCAGAACUGUGUGGGUCUCUUUCAUAAGAACAGUCCUUCCCAGUUCCUGUUUGCCAUUCUCCCAAUGGUUGGGAUACAGUAAAAGAAGGAAACUGGAGCUGAGGCCGAGGUCCAGUGUGCCCUCCUGGCAGGAAGGAAAAGGCGGGGCUCUUCCAGUCCCGCUGUCUCAGGUAGGCUGUCAGCUUCUGUGGAGUGGUUGGAAAGGCAAGAACUUUCCCAUAGCAUGACCUUUGAAGGCAGGACACCAACCUGUGUUCUUGCACGAGGACUAGAUCCUCUAGUGUAAACCUGCCACACCCACUUCUUGCUGAACUAGUUAGAACCUCGUUCUGAUUAUACACUUGGUACAGCGAAUACCUACUGACCAUGCCCACGGUGGGCCAUCACAUCUGGGCAUGCAAAGCCUGCCUUCUUAGCUGUUGAUAGAAGGUAGGCCUGGUGGUACAGGCCUGUAUUCCAAGCUACCAACAAGCCUGAGGCAGGAGAGCUGCAAGGCCAGUGUGGGCAGCAGAGUGCAAAGUCAAUCUGGACAAUUUAAUGAGACUCUGUUUCUAAAUAAACAAGAUACAAAAAGGGCUGGGAAGCCAACCAUGGUGGUAUAUGACUAUGAUCUCAACAUUUGAUAGAUGUGGGCAGAAAGAUUAGGAUCAAGAUCAUCACUGGGUGCACAGUUCACCCGCAGCCUGAAGUAUGCGAGACCCUGCCUCCGAGGAACAAAAGUGAUGGGAUACACUUCUGCGGGAGAACACUGCACAGCAGGCGUCCCCCAGACCCCGAUCUCAGUCCCCGUUACUCAAAAGUGAUGGGGACACACUUCUGCGGGAGAACACUGCACAGCAGGCGUCCUCCACACCCCGAUCUCAGUCCCCGUUACUCAAAAAAAAUUAAAAUGGGUUUGAUAAGCUCAUUAA